AUGGCCGGCGAAUGGGACAUCAACGAUGCGCACAUUCCCUUCAUCCAGGAGCUUGCGUACGAAAAGUUCAACGAAUGGGCCGACGGGCACGUGCGGCACGUGUACCAUCCGACGGACGAUCACGCCCGGAAGCACAUCUCGGGCUGGGCGAUGCGCAACACCAACAACCACAACGUGAGCAUCCUGAAGAAAAGCUGCCUCGGGGUGCUAAUCUGCACCGCCCGCUGUAAGCUACCGAACGGCGGGCAAAUCAAUCUACGGCCCGCCAUCUGUGAUAAGGCACGGCGCAAGCAGCAGGGCAGGGCCUGCCCCAAUCGGCACUGCAAGGCGGGCCGGUUGGAGGUGUUGCCGUGCCGGGGGCACUGUGGCUAUCCGGUGACGCACUACUGGCGGCACACGGAGAAAGCGAUCUUCUUCCAGGCGAAAGGGAACCACGACCAUCCGAAGCCGGAAUCGAAGACGUCUGGGGAGACGAGGAAGUUGAUCGGUGCGGCAGGCAGUGGCGCGAAGGGUGCAGCGGCCAAGAGUAAAAAGCUGUCCGUACUUCUGCUAAGAGAUGCAGCGCUGGGAAAUAAGCUUAUGUCACUAAAGUCAUCGAGUAAAGCGCAUGGUACUACAGGGCCCGAUAUUCUGCAGCCUCCACCACUAAUUCCAGAUCCCAGUUAUGAAGACUCCACAAAGUGCUCAUCCUGCACCCGAACUCCUUGUGUUUGUAGGACCAAGCUGGGAAUCAACUCUCUGACCACAUCCCUUUCAAGGCCUUCCGAAGGAAGUGGUAUAUUUUUCGACCCAUCCGGUCAUCAAACAACCCUCCAAAACCAUCAUCACUCCAGUAAUGGGACGUGGCAAUCGUACGAGCCCAGCAUCGAGUCCUUCACACCGUCCGCUGCAUAUGAACCGGGAGGUGGUCCUGGCAAUGGUUCCUGCCAGUCUAGCUUAAUGAACGAGUGCUUCCAUCCGGAGGAAAUCUUCCAACUUGAUCAGCCUCUUCGGCAACAGCAGCAGCAGCACCACCAGAGCAGCAAUGGCAGUACACCGGUCAUAGUCAACCAACUGGCGACGGCGACUCCCACCACACUGCUCGAUCUCGGCAGUGGAGCUAUCUACAAGAAGUGUAACCAAAUUAGCCCCGAGUACAUAUUUGGAGCGAAUGGUGCAGGUGGUGCUGAUUCAGCAACCGGCACCUAUCACACGUCGAAUCAAUCCUGCACCUACGGAACUUCCACGAACGAAAGCUGUAACACGCCGGUCACCACGGACCAUCAUCUUCCGCUGCAGAACAGCAAGUACUUCGCUAACGAUGCAGGGUACAGCAACAUCUCCCACGACGAAAGCUCCUCCAAGGAUUUGUUGAGGUACAUCAAAAAGGAAAUUGGAUCCACCAACGCGGGAAAACCCACGCACGGGGAUUCGUCCCUGAGUGGCGCACGAUCGCGCUCGUACGAAUGCGAUCAGAGCCAAUACAAAAAGGCGUCCUACACCUUCCGUGGGACAUCCACCGUUGGCACGUACUUUAGCAACAGUGUCAACAAUAAUAGCAGCAGCAUCGUUAACAACAAUAGCAUAACCUCGGUGAUAUCGCCCAACAAACAGGCUAAUUACGACCAUCUUGCAAACGACGCAUCUGUCAAUUACGAUUAUCACCCGGCGGAACAUACCGCCUCCCCCGGCAGCCACACGAACGCGAACUUUGCCGACCAGACGUACGGUACGAGUAGCUGCAGCUACAUGGGUACGGCGGUGACCGGGACACACCACAACCAGGACCUACAGUACUCUUAUGCUGCCGGUGAUAAUUAUCGCUUCGGGAGCAAUUACGCGAAGGGUUCGUCCCUAGCGCCCAUGCACGGUGGUGCAUCGUUUCAAGCAGCAGCAGUGCAACAAAUGCAUCCGGAGCUUCCACUAGCGGCGUAUGAGUUCUACUAG